AUGCUGGACGGCGACCGGUACGAGCUGGUCCGCAGCAUCGGGUCCGGCAACUUCGGCGUCGCCCGCCUCAUGCGCAACCGCGCCUCCGGCGAGCUCGUCGCCGUCAAGUACAUCGACCGCGGCGAGAAGAUCGAUGAGAACGUGCAGAGGGAGAUCAUCAACCACAGGUCGCUGCGGCACCCCAACAUCAUCCGCUUCAAGGAGGUUAUUCUGACGCCGACGCAUCUCGCCAUCGUCAUGGAGUACGCCUCCGGCGGGGAGCUCUUCGACCGCAUCUGCACCGCCGGUCGGUUCAGCGUCGACGAGGCUCGCUUCUUUUUCCAGCAGCUGAUAUCUGGAGUUAGCUACUGCCAUUCCAUGCAAGUAUGCCAUCGUGACUUAAAGCUCGAGAACACUCUGCUGGAUGGAAGCACCACCCCUCGCCUCAAGAUAUGCGACUUUGGUUAUUCCAAGUCAUCGGUGCUACAUUCUCAACCAAAGUCAACUGUGGGAACCCCGGCAUAUAUUGCCCCUGAAGUUCUGCUCAAGAAGGAAUACGAUGGCAAGAUUGCCGAUGUGUGGUCAUGUGGCGUAACGCUUUACGUGAUGUUGGUCGGCGCCUACCCUUUCGAGGAUCCGGAAAAUCCCAAGAAUUUCAAAAUGACAAUCCAGAAAAUAUUAGGUGUUCAGUACUCGAUUCCGGACUACAUUCACAUACCAAUGGACUGCCGAAACCUUCUCUCAAGGAUCUUUGUUGCCAACCCAGCUACGGUGAGUACUCACUCCAUCGACACGCGCACGGUUUCGCUUGUUCGGCCCUCAGGAUAA